AUGACAUCUUGGGAUUCAGUACAAUUUGAUAGCUUUUUAGAGGAUGAGGGUGAAAUAUUAAUGUCGGAAGCAUCUGUUUGGCGCAGCACGGGUGAAAUUGAGAUAAAGUUAUCUAAUAAAUAUAUUGGUACUGUUUCACCUUUAAUCAGCAGUACAAAUGAAGGACAAGUCGGUGAUCAAACUGCUGAAGGUUUAUAUGGCAUUCAAUUCAAUCGAAUUGCUGAUACCCAAUUUUGGAAUUUUAAUUACAUACCUUCCCCAACAAAUACUUCAAUUUAUCAACAACUCCGGAAUCUUAAUUUAGAUAGAUGCCAACUUUUUGUAUAUUACAAUACUUCUGACCCAAAUAAUCCACCAUAUAUUCAACUUUUCACACCUCGCGUAAUCCAAUCAGAGGUGAUUGAUGAAAAUGGAUUACUCAUUUUAAGCUCUUGGGAGCCACAAAAUGACAUUAAUCUUGCUAUAACAUGCAUUUUGGAACAAUUUUUCAAAUCAAACCCAACAAUCGAUUACAAUAAUCUUACCCCUUACCCAUUAAAUGAAAACAGCCCGUUCAAUCAAUUCAUUACAGUCGUUCAAUAA